CCACAUCAAGCUGCUCUCCGAUGUAAACCUCUCUUCACAUCAUCCUCUCUCUUUCUCUCCCAUUCUGUCUACUGUGCAUCAUAGGACCAUAUCUGCACACGCACAUGUAUAUAUAUAUAUAUAUAUACAACAUGCACACUCUCACACAUGCAUUAUCUCGAGUAUGUGAGCGGCCAUCUUCUUUACUGCCAAUCUGAUCUCUGUCUCAACAAUGGUUGCUAAUGCUAUUUCCUCUCCCCAGGAAAUCCCAGGGAUUGUUGAUGGAAGUUGUGAUCUACCUGUUGCUGGUUCUUGCUUCCAGUUAGUAAACCCAAGUUUCGAUGAGGUCAGCCAGCAGUGCACUCUAGAUGUUUUCCCUUUACUUUUUGAGAAGACUUCGUUUACAAUGGAAGAAAGAUGCGCCUUUCAGACUGCACAUUGCCAAGAUGUCUAUAGUAUUUCAAUGUUAGAGGAAGAAAAAGUUAAUCCAAAAUGUAUAUCACAGCCAUCAUUGUUAAGCUUUGUAGAACUUCCUGAUUCACCAAAAAAGCAGCAGUGUUUAGAUCCUCAAAUGAAUUGCCAGAACUUCAUUGGUUUCAAAAUGGACAAUGCAGAUGCUUAUUCACCAUGCGUUGUGGGUAUAGAUGUUGAGAUGGAAAAUUUGGAAAAAACGAAAUCCAAUAAUGAAGCUGUUGGAAGUUUAAAAGGCGAAGGUCUGCUAACUAGACAAUUAAGCUUAAAAACGUGUGAAAGACUUGUGCAAUUAUUUUCAGAUCCCAGCUCCGCUUUAUUGAAGUUGAUUUCUAAAGAUAAAUCAUUCAAUGAGAGAAUCAACGAUACACCAAACAACAGAUGGAGAAAGUAUAAGCGUGCAGCAUCAUUUGAUUCAAGAAAUAUUGUUCUCCUCUUCUCAAUCUUGUCAAGUUUGGGGACAUUGAUAUUGAUAUUUCUGACUCUGAGAGUUAGGCAGACAGCUGAUGGUUUUGUUAAUUUGUAACAGAUAUCCUUGAGAACUGCGGUUGAAGUUCUCUUUUCUCCUCUUCAAUUUGUUGUAUUAAUUUUCUCCAUUAUGUACAUAAGUCGCACUGUUUUAGAGAUUUUAAUAAUUAAAGUGCUUUUUCCUCUUA